AUGUCGUCCUCCACAAAAACCAAGGGAUCCAUGUUGAGGUCGUUGUUGGCAAUGACAGGCAUCGCCGGAGUCGCAAUCAUCGCGACCUCUUUCAUGCCUGCCGCCACCGCCAACGUGACCUUCGGAUCUGCUGACACCCCCGGCUCCAUCAUCUUCGGUGGACUCGGCUCCAUGGUGCCUAAACCCAAGAACCCUGCCGCCCAGUACCUCGUCCCAGGCAUGGUGAACAUCACCAACGUCGGAGUCUUCAUCAACUCCUCUACCACAGUCACCGUCCAUGCCGGCGCUCACCUCAAGAACCCCCUCGGUAACCUGCCCAUGAACUUGGGCAACGUCGGCCUCACCGUCACCUUGGACGGACACAGUAUCGCCAACAUCACCACUUCCAACCUGACCCUGCCCGGUGGCACUGCCCCUGUCGAUGUCACUGCUACGAUCCAAGUUGCCGACGGAAGUGCCAACCCUGCCGUCCAGGCCUCCAUCAACAACCUCGUCUCCACCCUCGUUGGUGGCAACACCCCCAGCGGACCUGCCCCCACCAUCACCGUUUCUGACCUGUCUAUCGGCGGAAACAAACUUGGAACAGCCCCUAUCUCUCUCACCGUUCAGCCCAUCGGCAGCAACGAGCCCAUCAAGCCUGUUGAUGUCUCCACUCCUGCUGCCCCACCAGUUGUCGGUCUCGGUGAGAUUAUUAACCCCAACAUCACCUUGGCGUGGCCUACUCUGAACAAGGUCGUUAUUAAGGCUGUCUCUGGUGCUCAAUUGACUGCCGGUGUUGGCUUUGCCUGGAACAACCCCUUGAACCUUGACCUCGAAAUCCCUUACAUCUCGAUCGAUCUUGGUCUCAACGGCACCCGCAUUGCUACAGUCGGUGUCCACGCCAUCCACUUGGCCCCUGGUCUCAUGACCGCCGAACCUUUGGUCGAUCUCAAGUUCAACAACGAUCCCAAGGCUUCCGUCCAGCUUUCCGCCUUUGUCCAUGACUUCCUCGCUGGUGAGCUGCACCAGAUCCUCAACAUUGGUAACUUGUCCUUCGGUAACGGCGACAACAGCUCUGCAACUGGCACUCUUCUUAACACCUUGUUCAGCGGAGUCACUAUCGAUCUUCCUUUGAUGGGCGUUAAUACUGUUGCUAUCCAGGAGCUGGUCUUGGGACUUGUCAAGCCCUAUCUUCCCUUCCCCAUUGACAUCAGCAAACUCGGUGGCGCCACCGGUCCUUCAUUGUUGCAGUACAUCCAGAGUCUUGCCAUCUCUACCGCUCCCGGACACACCCUCUUGAUCCAGCCCAAGAUCCAGAUCCCCUUUCCCUUCUUGUUAGACCUGAGUAUCCCUUACCUCGCCUUAGACAUCAACCUCAACAGCAACCUGCUCGGUCAGCUCUUCCUCACCAACCUGGUCGGUUCUGGUCAGGGUCAGGUCUCUGUGUCGGUUGGCAUUGGGCUUGUCUUCAGAGAGCCUGCUCCCUCGAUCCCUGCUUCUGUCGCACAGCUCGUUAACGGAAUCACGACUGGUUCUCCCAUUAACAUUACCGCUGGUGUCGGCAACUUGGCUAUCGGUGUCUCCCCCACGGAUGCUAUCAACACCUUGAACGGACUGAAUAUUGCAGUUCCUGUCUCCAGCGUUAUCACCGGCUCACUCAACACCGGUAAUCUGCUCCAGACCAUCAUUGCUCAGACCAAUGUCACUGCUGCCCAGAACGCCGUGAGCGUCAAGGUCGGAACGUUGGCCGAGUUGACUAUCCAUGGCGCCAGUAUCGCUGUCCUCCCCAACAACCUUGUCACUGCUGCCGUCAACCUCGAGGUUUUCUUGGGACUCCCUGUUGUUGCCAACAUUGGUUACUUUGGCAUCCAGGUUCAGUUGGAUGGCGCCCAGUUGGCAGGACUGGAAAUGAACACAGGUCUCAACUAUGCUGGUGGCCGUGUUCAGAUGGAUGCUGGUAUUACUCUCAAUGUCGGCACUGGUCCCACUAUCAGCACCAAGGUCGCUACCCUUGUCAACGCCAUUAUUGCCAAGCAGGCUGUCACCAGCAGCAUUGGUAUCUCUGGUAUUGUCAUUGGUAACAGCCCCACCGACCUGAUCAACGCUCUCUCUGGCAUUUCUGUCCAGCUGCCCCUCGAUGGAUUGAUCGGCGGAGUUGCCCUCCCAACACUCCCUGCCAAUUUCCUCAACAGCACCCUUGCCCAGCUCGGUCUCAACCUUGCCGAUUUCUCUUUGGCCACCAUCCCCGGCGCUGGUCUCCGUGUCGGUGCCAGAGCCACCUUCUCCAACCCCAUCCCAAUCUCUGUCUCUGUCCCUUACAUUGGAAUUAGCGGUGGUCUUGACAACAUCGACUUUGCCACUGUCGGUGUCAACAACUUGGCUCUCAUUCCUGGCGCCAACUCUCUCCAGGCUGGUAUCGAUCUCAACUUCAAUAACGCUGCCAAUGCUCAGACCAAGAUCGCUACUUUCCUUGGCGAGCUCCUUGGUGGUCAGCUCGGCGCUACCCCCGAGUUGUUGACUGUCCACAACUUGCGUCUUGGUGCAUCGCCUACUGACUACUUUGACUUGUUAUCCCAGAUUAACAUCGCAGUCCCCUCCAAAGACAUCAUAAACAAGGCCAACAUCGACCUUGCCACCAGCAAACUCGGCAAUAUCAACAUUACCCAGAUCACCAAUAACUUGCUCAGCACCUUGCAGAUUGGCGACAUCUCUGCCGACUUGACCAAGGCCCCCGUCUUGAACUUGGGCGCAUCCGUUUCUGUCAGCAACAUCUCGCUCGCUGCUGCUGUUAACAUUGGCUAUUUUGGAAUCGAUCUAGCCUUGGAUGCCCACAGCUUGGCCCGCAUCGAAGUUCCCUCGAUCACCCUCACCAGCGCCAACAACAAGUUGACGCUUGCCAUCCAGGCUGCAGUCACCCUACAGGACACCCCCGAGAUCCAGACCGAUAUUGCAAACCUGUUCAACUACUUCAUGGCCAACACCACUGCCUCGCCUGUCACCAAUCUGGUCAUCUCGCGUCCUCUUCUUGGAGUGUCUGCCUCUGACAACAUCCAGACGUUUGCGUUGAUCAAGUACCCUCUUGCCGUGUCGUCUCUGUUGCUCCAGGCCAAGGGUAUUGUCAACAAUUUGCUUGCUGGUGCUGGUGGACUGAACCUCAAUAGCUUGGCCUUGUCCGGAUUGGUCCUCGAUUUGAACAGCCCCUCGGUCAUUGGUAUCCAGGGAGGCAUCCAGGUCAAGAACAUCACCUUGCCUGCCAACAUCAACAUCAAAUACGUCGGAGUUUCGAUUGGCUUGGAUGACACUCCCUUGGCUAGCUUGACCAUCCCUCAGCUGGAUCUUACCUCUGCCAACAACUCGUUGUCGAUCAACUUUCAGGCCCUUGUUGAUGUCAAGCAAACUCCUGAGGCCAGCGGACAGGUCGCCAAGCUUAUCGGAUCGUUGUUGAACCCCGGCCUGGUCACUCCUCCUACUGACUUGGUCAUCUCCCAGCCCGUCUUUGGUGGCGAUGCCAACCACUUGUUCCACAUCCUAUCGCAGAUCAAGGUCGGCGUCCCCCUGGCUCCUUACCUCCAACAGAUCGGUGGCUUGUUGAACGGCGCUGUUGCCGGAGGUAGCAACCUGUUGGCUGGUCUCGACAUUGGAUCGCUUGUUGUCGAUCUCAACUCUCCCCAGGUCAUUGGAAUCGACGCCGCCAUCUCACUCAAGAACAUCACCAUCCCUGCCGAGAUCAAGCUAAACUAUGUCGGAGUUAACGUCGCUGUCAACACCAUCGGUCUUGCCCAGAUCUCGAUCCCUACCUUCACCCUCAAGCCUGCCGACGGUGCCUUGGCCAUCACUGCCCGCGUCAACGUUGCUUUGUUGUCCAGCCCUGAGUUGACCGGCGCCAUCACCAGUUUGGUCACCGGUGUCAUCAACAACCAAACCACCCCUGCCACCAACAUUGUCAUCUCUGGGACCGUCUUUGGUGGAUCGUCGACCAACGUCUUCACCAUCCUCCAGAGCGUUGCCAUCCCUAUUAACGUUGCUCCAUACAUCAACCAGAUCCCUGCUCUCUUGGCUGGCUCUGGCGACCUUUUGAACCGUGUUGCUAUCGGUGCUCUUGUUGUCGACCUUAACUCUCCUCAGGUCAUUGGUGUCUCGACCUCGGUCUCGCUCAAAAACUUUACUCUCCCUGCCCAGAUCAAGUUGAACUAUCUUGGUGCCGAUGUUGCCAUCAACCAAGUUCCCUUGGUCAAGCUUGCUCUCCCCUCGUUCAGCAUGACCCCCAACAACGGAAACUUGGACAUUGCUGUUACUUUGAGCCUUGCCCUGCAGCAGAGCGAUGCUUUGACCCAGACCAUCAACGGCCUUGUCCAGGCUGUCUUGGCUGGCCAGGCCAUCCCCAACACCAAGCUCGUCAUCUCUGGAGCUAUCUUUGGUGCUUCCCCCACCAACGUCUUCACCUUCCUCCAGGGCGUGACCAUUCCUAUUGAUGCCACUGCCAUCUUGAACAAGGUCAUUGGUUCACUGGGAUCUGCCACUGGUACUUCGCUGUUGAGCGGUGUUGUUAUCAGCGACUUGGUUGUCGACUUGAACUCGCCUCAGGUCAUUGGCAUUGAUGCCUCGGUCCUCGUCAAGAAUAUCACCCUCCCUGCCCAGAUCAACCUUAACUACGUCGGUGCCAACAUUGCCAUCAACGCCAUCCCCUUGGCCCAGGUUGGCAUCCCCACCUUCAGCUUGGCUCCUCAGGGCGCUGACCUCGCCUUAAAGGUCCAUGUCGAUGUUUCUUUGUUGUCUAGCCCCGAGUUGAGCAAAGCCCUUUCUGGAUUAAUCGGCGGUGUCCUUGGAAACCAGACCCUCCCCCAGACCAACAUCAUCCUUUCCAACGCCGUCUUUGGUCAGUCAGCCACCAACGUCUUCACGUUCCUCCAGGGAGUUGUCAUCCCCGUCAACAUCUCACCUUACAUCUCCCAGAUUGGCGGUGCAGUCGGUGGAGCUGGCUCGCUCUUGAACGGUCUUGGACUCUCUGGCUUGGCCAUCAAUCUAAACCAGGCCCCUAUCAUUGGUAUCGAUGUCAACGUUGCAGUUCGCAACCUGACCCUCCCUGCCAAGCUCAACCUCGGCUACCUCGGACUCGAUAUUGGCAUCAACAACAUCCCUUUGGUCAAGGUCGGUCUGCCUAAGCUUGUCCUGGGCCAGAGCGGAAGCGAUUUUACCGUCAGCACCCACAUCGACGCCACUCUCCAGGAGACUGACGCCUCCAAGACCCUUGUUGCAGGUCUUGUCAACGGCAUCGUCGCCGGUCAGGCUCCUCAGGGUACUAUCUUGAUCUCGGGUAUCACCUUUGGAGCCAGCGCCAACAACGCCUUCACCUUCCUCCAGUAUGUUCAAAUCCUCAUUCCAAUUUCUAAGGUCCUGUCGCUCGUCCCUGCCACCCCCGGUACCAACGCCACCUCGAUCCUCAGCAAGUUGGAUCUUCAGAAGGCGGACAUCAACAUGAAGAACCCUCCCAGCAUUGGUGCCGAUAUUGCCAUUGCCCUUCUCGGAUACCAGUUCGAUGCUCAGUUGUUGCUAAGCUAUGUCAGCAUCAGCGCUUUCUUGGACACCACCCCCUUGGCUACCAUUACUGUUCCCGGUAUCCAGCUGUCGUCUGGCAACAACCAAGUCGCCUUGAGCGUUCACUCGUUGGUCAACUUGGCUAGUGGUGGUGAUAUCCAGACUAAAGUCGCUGCUAUUGUCAACCAGGUGCUGGGUAACGGCGGUGCUCAGAACGCCAACUUGGUCAUCUCCAACAUUGCCUUUGGCGGUAGCGCCUCCAGCACCUUCCACAUUUUGGACAAGGUUCAGGUCUCGGUCCCCAUUGGCCCUUACAUCCAGCAGUUGACCGGUCUUGUCGGCGGCAUUGUUGGUGGCAACACCACAGCCCCUGCUGGUGCCUCCCUCAGUGUCACUCAGUUGGAUAUCAGCGCCACUGGCCCCAACGACUUGUCUGUUGCUGUCGGUGCUGCUAUUGGUGGUCUUGGAUCCAAGAUCUCGGUCGAGAUGCCUUACAUCGGUCUCCAGGUCGCUGCCAACGGCAACGGACUCGUCUACCCCACGAUCAACAACUUGCAAUUGGCCGACGGCAAGGUUUCGCUGACCUUGGCUCUCCCCUUCCAACCCGCCGCCAAGAGCAUCAUUGCCUCACUCUCGACCCCCGUCUCGCAGCUGAUGUUCUCGACUGUCAGCGCUGUCCCUGGUACGAUUGUUGCCAACAACAUCAAAUUUGGAGCCUCUUCCAGCCAGUCGUUCGACAUUGCCUCGAAAGUUGCAGUCAACAUUGAGCUCAAUUCUGUCUUCCAGAAGGCUCAAGCCUACAUUAAUGCCCACAACCCACUCCACGUGAACGAUAUGAACACGAUCUUGACUACCACGGGUAUCCUGGCCACGAUUGCUGUGCCUGGUAUCCCCCUCGGUAGCUUGCCCCUCAAGAUGAAUUUCCCCAUCACCCUCUCGGGAUACUACAAGAACGUUGCCUUCCUUGGCAUCCAGGCCACCUCGAUGGCUUUGACUUCUUCUCCUUGGGCCCUUGGUACCACCAUCAAUGUCAUCCAGCCUGCUUUCAGUACCGCCAUGAACUCAAUCCUCCCCAACGUCCUCGAGUGGAAGAACGCCGUUCAGGAUGUGACCCUCGGUGGUGUCACCCUUGGCUCCUUUACCGCCCUCCAAGGUCUCCAGAUUACGCCCCCUGUCAUUACCCUCUGGUCGCCUAUUACAGUCCCCUUGAAUCAACUCAAGUUGCACAUUUCUCCUUUGGGCAUGGACUUUGCUGCCUCUUUCGUCAACCGCGGCCCCAUGCGCGUCGACGUGGGCUCGAUCGACAUCAUGAUCAAGCAAGGCCCCAGCACUGACGUCAUCGAAAUCCAGAACCUCGGCGGACCUAUCCACCUCAACAACGUCAACCAAAACGGCGGCAACAACCUCCUGGCCCUCAAUGCCUCGCUCAAAUUCAACUUCUUGCAGUUCUUUACAAUCAUCACGGCUCUUCUGAACCCUAAGGACAACUUCCAGUUUGUGUUCUCGCUGAAGACUGCCUCGGGUCAACCUAUGCCCUGGUUGCAGGAUGCCUUGAACGGCGUGCCAGAUGCGCUGUUUGCCAACCUCUUGCCCAUCCUUGCCAAGGCCCUCCAGAACAUCAACUUUGGGUUUUAA